CACCGAUAGCGGCGGCAAUUGAACUUCUCGGCUAUUCAAGCUCGGCCUUCGAUCCGCCGCCUUCCCCCAACCCCUCACUGAGAGCCCUCUCAAUCGACUUUAUGAACCAACUCAUCUAAACCUUCGGAUAUCUACCUCUGUACCCAGGGAAUACACCAGAUAUCCCAGUCCAAACAGGAGCCGACGAGUACCUUUUAAACGGGAAUAGCCCGUGCUUUGUUACCUACCUAUCAUCAUUCACCAAGGUGCAUACGAAGUUACGAACCGUCCGCAGGUCUGCAAGGGUCCAACUGUCAAGAUGGUCCAAUACAGCAUUAGAAGCACGGACAACACCACCCAAGGCCGCCUAGCUCUAGUAACAGGGGCGAGUGGUGGCAUAGGCUCAUCCGUUGCCCAUGCUCUUGCCGCAGAGGGCUGCGAUGUCGCACUACACUAUUCAUCAAGCCAGGCCAAAGCAGAUGCUUUAGCACAAGAGCUGCGUGAUAAGUAUCCAUCGCAGCUCUUCGUACCCUUCCAGGCCGACCUCUCCUCCAGAGAGUCGACCCGGAAUCUAGUGCCCAGCAUAUUCGCCAACGGCGAGAUCGCACAGAAGCACAAGGCCGUCUCAGUGCUCGUCGCCAACGCCGGGCUCGGGCGCCGUAUCCGUGACCCGGAGGACAUUGGCGAGGAUGACUGGGACGAGAUGAUGGAGGUCAACGCCCGCAGCCAGUUUGUCGUGACAAAGGCCUGCCUGCCCGGCAUGCGCUCCCAGGGGUGGGGCCGUGUCGUUCUCGUGGGCAGCAUCGCGAGCCGCGGUGGGGGGAUCAACGGGUGCCACUACGCCGCUACCAAGGGUGCUCUCUGCUCAAUGGGUCUUAAUUUGGCCACGUUCUUGGCGCCGGAGGGUGUUACCGUGAAUAUUGUUCUGCCCGCCAUGAUUGGGGCCACUGGCAUGAUUGCCACUCCGAAGUCAACAACCUGGGAUAGUAAAGAUGACCUUGAGGAGUUGAGGUCAACAGAUCCGGGGCUGGCCAUUGCCGCCAGCGUCCCGGUCCACAGAUUAGGGGCUCCAGAGGAAGUGUCAAACGUUGUCGUAAUGUUUGUCAAGACUGGUUACUUUACUGGCCAAGAGCUGGUCCUCGCCGGCGGGUUGAAAUGAGUGCCGAAUCAGAGGAGGAGACUCCGAGACCUUUUCUACCCACCAAGGUGAAUUAGAGAUUCUUUGCCGAAUGGAAUAUUACUGUGUGGAAAGGAAAAUGGAAUCUUUUCUGCUUCGUCGCAGAUGACGAGCAGGAGCUUUCAUAUUCUUGGUGAUCUCCACGCGAUUGGACAUGGAUGUUGAGACCAACCUUGUAGAAAGUUCAACAGUGUCCAAAAUCCUAAGCAGCUACUACUAUACUAGUACGGAUAGUACAGAUUACAGAGUGCUGUCAAGUACUCCUUACCGUUUUUUUUUCUUGUCGCGCCGCCGUAAACUUAAAC